AUGUCUAGCAGCUAUCCGGUUGCGACACCAAUCGAUUUAAAUCAACGUCUGAGUAAUGAAAUGUGUCCAACAGAUGAAACAGAGCAGCAUGAAAUGUCAAAAGUACCGUAUAUGCAGGCUGUUGGUUGCUUGUUAUUCGCCUUACAAAUAACGCGACCUGACAUCAGUUUUGCAGUUAAUCUAUUGAGUCGUUUUUCUACAAAUCCCGGAAAAGUACACUGGGUUACGGUAAAACGUGUAAUGCGUUAUCUGAAAGGUACCAUUGACAGCGGAAUUGUGUAUAGCAGAGAAGUAAAUGAUCUUACUGGAUACUGUGACGCAGAUUGGGCUAGUGAUCUUGACGAAAGACGAUCUACGACGGGCUAUAUGUUUAAGCUUCAGGGUGGUCCGAUAUCCUGGUGCACACGAAGGCAGCGUACUGUUGCUUUAUCAUCGACAGAAGCCGAAUUCAUGGCCAUGACAUCAGCUAUUCAAGAAGCAACUUGGUUAAUACGUCUACAUUCUGAAUUGACAUCAGUUAUGGUAAAAGGUAUGGUAUUUUACUGUGACAAUAAAAGUGCUAUACAAGUGGUCUUGAAUAACUCAUAUUCACCUCGUACAAAACACGUGGAUAUAAAAGACCUGUUCCUUUAUGGUGUGGGGACCCACCGCUAUGAAAGGUUCCGGUCCUACCAUGCUGGUGGAUCUUGCAGCGCGGGCAAGCUCAUCGGCCAGUUCAUUACCGGCGAUGCCUCUGUGGCCUGA